GCCGGUUCCGCAUAUCUCAGCGGGCCUGGUGUCCAGCAGACGCUGCCUCCGAUAUCGAAGCGGUUGUCAUUUAAACCCUGGCUGUCAAGCGUUGCUCCGUAAUAAAGCGCCAGAAAUCCCCUAUUUUUUGUAGGACAGUACAGUACUUUUGCUUGUCCUGCAGCCAGAUGCACUAGCCGGGGCAAAUGCAGCGCACCACCGCUGCUGGCAAUGGUGUGUUUCUGUUGAGCACCCCGCUUUGUUCCAUCUCGUCUUCGGUUUCUCAUGCGCGCAACCAGUGCCCGCCCCGGAAAGUCCAAAGGAGAAGGAUGGAAAAAAUGUGACCAGCCCCUGUACCCGGGUUUGUCAUGAUCACUCGUAGCCAAAUAAUAUUCACUGGAAAAAGUAAAUGCACAUCCAUAAAACAAAAACAUCACUUCUCCUUUCGUCAUAGCUCAUUUGUCAAAGAGGGUCUCAUCUGUCGAAUCGCGUUGCCGGUUUAUCCCACCCACCUGUGUGGCCGCAUUUUUUUUUAGUUAGCAUCACCGCCUACUGCUACUACUUUUUUUCCUCCCAUAGAUUUCCUCUCCACCCUCCCGAGUCCUCCCCCCUUUCUCCUUUAUCCUCCCAAACCCAUCUCUACCACGGAAGACCGUCUACACUCACAGCGCACCGUCACGAAGACGACAGCCUCCCUUGCGCUUCAACAAUGGCUUCCAACACCACCUUUACGUCUAUGCUUGCUGGCUCCAAGUUUGCCUCUGCUGCCGGCCUCCCUCCUCAGGUCGACUACGUUAUCGAUGCUGUCACCUCGGUUGGCCCUUGGACUCUGCUCCUCACAGUCUUUGCCAUGUGUGUUGUCUAUGACCAAGUCAGCUACAUCAUGAGCAAGGGCUCCAUUGAGGGUCCUUCGUGGAAGAUGCCCUUCAUCGGCCCCUUCCUGCAGUCCAUGGAUCCCAAGUUCGAAGAAUACUAUGCAAAAUGGGCCAGCGGACCCUUGAGCUGCGUCUCUGUCUUCCACAAGUUCGUUGUCAUCGCCUCCACCCGCGACAUGGCUCGCAAGGUCCUCAACUCUCCCGCCUACGUCAAGCCCUGUGUCGUUGAUGUUGCGCACAAGCUUCUUGGUCACGAUAACUGGGUUUUCCUUGACGGCAAGGCCCAUGUUGAUUUCCGCAAGGGUCUCAACGGCCUCUUCACCCGCCAGGCCCUCGCCACUUACCUUCCCGGCCAGGAAGAGAUUUACAAGAAGUACUUCGAGAAGUUCGUCCAAGUCACCAAGGACGCUGGUGGCAAGCCUGUCCCCUUCAUGCCUGAGUUCCGUGAGCUCAUGUGCGCCGUGUCUUGCCGUACCUUCGUUGGUCACUACAUGACUGAACAGGCUGUCAAGAAGAUUGCUGACGAUUACUACCUCAUCACCGCCGCUCUCGAGCUUGUCAACUUCCCCAUCAUCAUUCCUUACACCAAGACUUGGUACGGAAAGAAGGCCGCCGAUAUGGUUCUCGCUGAGUUCUCCAAGUGCGCUGCCAAGAGCAAGGUCCGCAUGGCUGCUGGUGGUGAAAUUACCUGCAUCAUGGACGGCUGGGUUCUGCAAAUGAUCAAGUCUGAGCGCUAUCGUGAGGCCCAGGCUAAGGGUGAGGAGGCCGACCUCGAGAAGCCUUCCCCCAUGCUCCGCAUGUUUGGCGACUACGAAAUCUCUCAGACCAUCUUCACCUUCCUCUUCGCUUCCCAGGAUGCUACAAGCAGUGCUGCCACCUGGCUCUUCCAGAUCGCUGCUCAGCGCCCCGAUGUUCUUGACCGCGUCCGUGAAGAGAACCUCGCUGUCCGUAACGGUGACCCCAAGGCUGAGCUCAACAUGGACCAGCUUGAGUCCAUGACUUACACUCGUGCUGUUGUUCGCGAACUUCUCCGCUACCGCCCUCCUGUGCUCAUGGUUCCCUACAUGGUCAAGAAGGCGUUCCCCAUCACCGAUAGCUACACCGUUCCCAAGGGCUCCAUGCUGAUUCCUACCACCUACAUGGCUCUUCACGACCCCGACGUUUACGAGAACCCCGAUACUUUUGACCCUGAGCGAUACUACUCUGGCGACGCUGAGGAGAAGGGUGCUAAGAACUACUUGGUUUUUGGUACCGGACCUCACUACUGCUUGGGACAGGUUUACGCUCAGCUGAACUUGGCUCUCUUCCUCGGAAAGGCUUCCGUUCAGCUCAAUUGGACUCACCACGCCACCCCUCUUUCCGAAGAGAUCAAGGUCUUUGCCACCAUCUUCCCCAAGGAUGACUGCCCUCUCACCUUCGAGAGACGUUAAAUGAUCUGAUAAAGAGCAUUACAGCGAGACGAUAAUAAAAGGGAGACUUUUAGAUCGCAUAUUUGCGUAGAGACGACGGCGUUAUUUUGGGUUACAGCACACUGCUCCGAAUGCGAUUAAUCAUGGGUAUUUCCCCAUACCACUGGAAACUGGAGUCAGCAUUUCUUUUCGCUCACGCGUUUUAUUUGAAUUUUGCAAUACGGGGGCCGGCGAAUAGUGCAGGAGAAGCCAGGCGCUGGCUCACCCUACACAACUACUGUAUAUAGUUCUUGUUUGCCACUGUGGCUAGUAUUGGUGGAUAUAUGCAUUCCAAUAAAUCCCUUCAUCGAUUUUUUAACCUU